GAAUUGAUUGAUAACCUACCAUCUAAUCUUACACUUGUCUCUCUCCCCCUUCAAAUAAUCAAAAACCUAGAAAUAAAAACCCUCUUUAAAUGUUGCAGUUGGUGCAGUUAGCUCGCUGGCUUUCCCAAGCUUUCCCAUCUCCAUUUCUCUCCUCCCAUAUUUGACCCAUAUAUAUAUAUUAUAUACAUAUAUAAUUCUGAUCAGCUUUUUGUGCUUGUGAUAUAGAUAUAUAUAGGUAGACCUAGAUAUAUGUAUUUGUGCAUUUGCGUCUUGUGGGCAGGAUCAAAGACCUGCAGAUCAUGAGUUUGAAGGGAGAAGCUGUUUGUUUGAAGAGAAAAGAGAAGAAGAAGAAGAAGAUGGAAGAAUACCAGGCAGUUCUACCACUUGAGCUGGUCGAUCAUGACGGUGAUAACCAGGAUGGUAAGAAGAAGGUGAAACGGUGCGUGUUGGUGUCGUUUCGGGAGGUGCCGGAGUAUAUGAGAGACAACGAGUUCAUUGUUGGUUACUACAGAGUCAACUGGCCUCUCAAAGAAGCUCUCUUUAGCCUCUUCCGUUGGCACAACGAGACCCUUAACGUUUGGACGCACUUAAUUGGGUUUAUUCUGUUUUUGGGUUUAACAAUGGCGAAUUUUAUACAAGUACCAGACGUAGCUGAUCUUCUCAGUUUCAUUACCAGAUCUUUCCCUAUGAGUGGAGACGUAAACGUUUCUCAUGAUUCCAAACAAUUCUUUGUGGGAGCGGCAGAUUUGAAGACAAUAAAACCUGCAGAAAUGAACGUGCCUUGGAUUCCUGCUCUGGGCACUCCCGCAGUCGCCGUGGAUGAAUUUGCCACUCCUCCGUCAACCCAUUUCUCCGUCGUGUAA